GAUAUCUGUGUAUUUUCUCUCACAUCCUAUUAAGUACAUCUUCAGCAUGAUCUCUGAACCUUCCCCAGUCCUGCCAUCCAAAGUUCCCAUAACUGCCUCCAAACUUCCGCCGCUCAGGAUCUUGUGUUUAGGCGACUCUCUCACAGAAGGUUAUUCGCACUUUGGUACUAAAUUCACCCCGUAUAGUAAAUGGAUGAAAGAAGUUCUGCUGGCAAAAUGGCCUGAUAGAGCGAUUGAUGUUAUCACGGAUGGAGUAAGCGGGGAUCUAGUUACUCCACCCGGAGGUUUCAAGAGAAGAAUGGAGAGGCAUUUCCCAUCUGACCCCCCAAUAACUCACACAAUUCUUCUCGGUGGUACCAACGAUCUAGCUUAUAAUAGACCCGUCAAAACUCUCUACGCCGUUUUCGAGACACUCAUAUUUACACCCCUUAGCAACUCUUCAAAAGUUCUGAUUAUGACGAUUCCUGAAUGUCAUGUGAGAGCUGAGGUCUUAGACGAGAGGAGAGGAGAGUUGAAUGAUAUGUUGGUUUAUAGUUUGGGGAGGAAGGAUAACGUUAGUAUAUUUGAUCUCCGUGGCGCGAUGCCCUACCACAAUAUGGACCUCGAAAAACGAGAGCGUCUCUGGGAUGACGGAUUGCAUUUCACAGAGGAAGGAUAUAAGGAGAUAGGAAUCAUGGUGGGAGAGAAAAUGAUUCAGGUUAUUGAGGAGGUGAAACCUGAGAAGGAGAUUUCAUUGUCUGGGAGAGGGACUAUGGGGAUUGAGUAGUGGGGGAGUGAUAAUAGCGUCGAUGAGAUAAUCAGGAAGAUAAAGUCUAGGAAUCGUGAGAUGAUAGAUAUCCGAGGUAGAAGACGGACAUGCAAAUUGGUUAUAACUUAGCUAUGAUCAGGUGGUGAUUGGGAUCUCUAUAAAUAACGGGUAUGAUAAGAUGGUUCUCAACCGAUCAGUAAAUACAGAUUUGGAGCUGUUUUAUCUUAUAAAAUUCA